AUGGCCGACUUCAACGGGCGUCGGGCGCCCAAUUUCUCGCAGUAUCUCAACGAGCUCAAUACCAUUCCCUCUCCGUACGAGCAGACCGCAAAGCCAGAGGAAUUGUUCGAUGUGGAUGCAGAACUCGCCCUCUUCACGAAUGCCGAGUUUCUCGACUUCGAUCCCGCAGGCAAUGUCAAGAUGGACGAGCAGCCCGUCUCGGGGACAGUGAGCCCGGCAAGCGGACGCCAGGACAUGAACUACGUGGAGAUGCUGAAUGACUUCAACCUUCCGCAAUUCCCAUACUACCAACCACAGCCACCCAUGGUUCCAGUGCAAUCAUCCCCUUACCCAGCAGCUCAACCCGUACCCAGCAAUACCAUUCCACAGACCGCACCAGCACAGCAGCAACCACAGCAACAGACACAGCCACAGCCACAACCACAGACACAUACACAGCUACAAACAACACAGUCCACUGCACAAUCACAAUCCACAUCAGUUCCAUCAAAACGGAAACCGGACGCUGCCACCGCUGCAGCCAUCGAUAAGGCCGACCGUCUGGCCCAAGAAGAAGACAAACGCCGACGCAACACCGCGGCCAGCGCUCGUUUCCGCAUCAAGAAGAAGGAACGUGAAAAGAACCUAGAAAAGACAGUUAAAGAAGUGACCACUAAGAACACCACGCUAGAAUCCCGGGUCAGCCAGCUAGAGAUGGAAAACAGAUGGUUGAGGAAUCUCAUUGUCGAGAAGAAUGGCACCGCGCUUACCGAGGGAGAUUUAUCUGGCAUGUUCCACAAGUACCAGGAGAGCAACGGACGGCACCAAAUGCAGAAACAGAGACAGGCGUCAACCACAAGUCCUGCCUCCGAAGUUCAAUCGUCGCCCUGA